UCCGCUAAACACUUACAUUUCAACACCUUCCCUUUAUGUCAACGGUCAGAAUCGCUGGCCACUUCUACAUAUCCCUCUCUUCUUCAUCUUUAUAUUCAUAUUUAUCUCUCUAUAGUAACAAACAUCACUCAACGUGAAAACUGAAUCUUGUUUCUUGUUUCUGUUCUUUCGUCUGAAGCAACUGUAUAUACAUAUAUAUCUCCUUUUCUCUCUUCUUUGUUUUGCUUCAUUGGUUUCCAAGAAUUCAACAGCCAUCAUGAGCCCAGCAAAUUUCCACCAACAUAACAUCCUCAAUGGUCUCCGUCCAUCUCCAUUGAAGAUCAACAAAGAAUCCCACCUCAUUCACAAGCCGUCUUCUUCUAGUUCUUCUUCCUCGACAUCCAAUUCUUCUUCAUCAUCUGCUUCUGUGAUAGCUUCUGUUGGAGGUGAAGCAGGAGCCAAGCAGCGACGAAACCAACCGGUCAUUAUCUACACUCAUUCGCCUAAGGUUAUCCACACGCAAGCCAGGGAUUUCAUGGCCUUGGUGCAAAAACUCACGGGUCUUUCCAGCUCCAAGAUUGACGAAACCGCAAAGCCAACCCAACAAGGGCAAGAGAGCAGCGGCGUUAUUAAUAAUAAGGAGUCGUCUUCGGUUACAACUGAUGGGAAUUGCGGUGUUGGUAACAUUUCACCUAUUCUUAAGCCACCGAAAAAUCCUUGCUUCGCUGAUAUUCCACUUUUUACCCCGAAUUCGGUGGAUUUCUUUUGCUCCCCCAAGCCUUUAUAUAUAUAUCCUGAUGCAUCGCCAAGCAUGGGGAAUUCGUUAUCUCCUUCUGUAAUGGAGUUCAUAAAAGGAAUACCUGAAUAUUGACGUGAAAUAGAAGAUCAGAGUUACUAGUGAUUGAAUUAAUUGAUUACUUUUCCAUAAGUCUUUUAUAUUGUUUUCUGGAGUCUUCCUUUUUCCGAUUUGCAAAUUUAGAGAGAUGGGCGACGUCCAUCAAAUAAUGUAAAUUUUUUGUUAAUUCAAUUCAUUCUUAGGCCAA